GCGAAAGAGCACGAAACUGACGUCAUUAAACUUCGGUAGUCUCCGGAUUGGCAGAAAGCAACAAGAAAAGUGCAAAAUGGCGACCCUGGACGAUAGUCCGUCGCUAUUUAUUGGCAAAUCUUGGUCCGAUUGGGCCGAAAAUGCCCCUGUGUCACCUUUAGAUGAACGUGAGGCUGGCGGUACCCCAGAGAAGGAGAGCGAUGACACGGCCAGCAUGCGUUUGCCUUUUGAGGAUAUGCACAUGUUUGGAACCUGUCCAUCACAGGACGAGUUUUACCUGGUCAUGUGUGAGCGGUGUCAGAAGGUUAUCAAACCACAAGCUUUCAAGCAACAUCUCUUUGAGCGACAUGGAAUUACAGAAUCCAGUGCAUCUCCCUCAACAGACUCUUCUUAUCCCACCUCAAAGCUGUCGUCCCCCUCCAAAUUAACCUCACCCACACGGACAAGUUUCAGGGUGGGGCACUCAGUCCCCACAAAAGCGAGUGUGAAAGAGGUUCCGCCCGUGGUCAGUAAUGCCCAGAAAGUAAGCAUCAAUGCAAAGUUCAAGGCCCGAAGAAAUCACUCGAUGCCUGUGGUGAAAGUGGAAAGGAUGGAGAUGAAGAGAAUGGCUUCGCAGCACUUCGAUUCUGUAUCAAAGUCACAAGUGACUCCUCCUCCUCCCUCAGGCUUAGCCAAUGGAAAUUCCAAAGACAAUUCAAUUGAAUUGACAAACGUAAAACCAGUGUUCUCUGGUGUUAAUACCCCAACUAGUGAUAAAACAGUCAAAUCUCUUUCAAUUGGUUCCCAGCCACAAAACUCUGUCUCUCUCAACUGUUCAACAGUUACCAUGGCAACUACAACACUAACCACUGCAUCAACCUCUUGUGUGACCACCACUAAAUCAGUGGUCGGUACUACGACGGUGGCGGUGGCACAGUCAUUGAGUAAUUCUGGUACUUCGUUGAGUAGUAAGGGAGUCAUCGGAACGUUUGGUAGCAGAAGCAGUCUCAGCAUGCCCAGUCUGACCAGCUCCUUAAUCUCCAGUUCCAGCGGAACAAGUUCAACCUCCUCCAGUAAAAAGAAGCCUUUCAAGUUUGAGAAGCCGGAGAAACUUAUUCCUUGUAAAGAUCGUGAGUAUGACUGUAACAAACACUGUGGUGUGAUUGUGGAGGAUACAGGCAAAUCAUGUACACGCUCACUCACCUGUAAGACUCAUGCGCUUUCACUGAGGAGAAAGGUCCCUGGACGUCGCAAACCUUUUGAUGAUCUGCUAAAGGAACAUAGAGAAGCCAAAGAGAUUCUACUAAAACAGAAAGCUGAACAAAAAGCUGCACUACAAGCAGCUGCUGAAAAGAAAGCUCAGCAAAGCAAAAAUCCCCCAGUUAUUCCCCCGGGAAGCUCCCAGCUAGCGGCCCAUUUGCUGCGCCCCACCCCUCUCCAGUCGUAUAAUGAUCAGCACCGUGAGAGAUCUUCUCAUCCACCACAAUUAUCUCCAAAGAAACCUGCCAAGCCACCUCAGAAACUCAGCACCUCUCUUCCACACAGACCCAGUCUUACCAGCCUUCACUCCCCUCUCCUAUCUCCCAUUAAGGAUGACCCCGGUGGAGCCCUCUCAAUGGAAGGUCAUGAUCGCUUGAGUGAUGGAGAGGGAGAGGAAGAGGAGGCAGACAAAUCAGACAGUUCAUUUCUCCCCUACCAACCCCGACCUGCAGCAAUGUGUACAUUUGGAGGAAGACUCCACACGAUAAGCGGACGCCGGAGUUAUGUGUUUGGUCGUAAAACAGACAUUCUCAGGGCAGCAUUCCUUAAUGUGCUUGAAAAGCAACUCAACCCCCCACCACCUAAAAAAUUGUGCGUGGAAUCGAAUCUUCCAAACGAACCCCAGGUGGUGGGAAACUUGGACCCAUACGACUUCACUGCUGUGGAUCCAAGACUGCAACAGAAACAAAAUCCAUUAUUAAACUCCAGUCACAAGGCAGGAUCCAAAUCAAAGUCCAAAUCCUCAUCCAAUCCAAACCGCAGCAAAUCAAAAGACAGUUUACCUGGCUCUAGAAGUCCUGCCCAGACAAACAGUGCUAUCCCUGCAGCAAGCGCCGGAGUGCCACCACUGAAACGUAAACGCAGUGGUGGCGCUCUGACCAAUUCUAGUCCUUCCUCCCUGACCGCCGCGGCGGCACCAGUUCUCACCACGGUCAGUAUAAACAACACGUCCGCUGGUCUAGCCGCUAUAGCCAUUCCCAGUGUCAAUCUAAGUAACGCUACAAUAGGUCACUUUAAUGCCAACUUGUCGGCCACUGGUGGAAAGAAUACCAAGAACAAUGUUUACAAAGAUGUUGGGUUUGUGGUGACGAAUCUGGACUCCGCUCUUGUGAAUGGACAGUACAUGAUUACAAAUGCUCAUCAGACUCAGUCGCUGGAUGACAAAUCAUUACAGCAGGCACAUGUGAUAAAUACUAAAAACAGUCCAAAGAUCCUGAACCUGGAGACCAUACCGGGUCUACAGAAAGGCUCUCACAAUCUCAUCAGCAUGCAACCAUUGCUGCUAGACGGAUCUAUGCAGCCGGUUACUGCUGUCUUAACCCCAGUUUCCCUAGCAACGACCCCUAGCAAUCAAAUAGUGUCUGUGGGAAACACCACUUCUCUCACACCAUCUAACCAGAACUUGAUCAACAGCAUCAGAGCAGGAGCAGCAAGUCCACAGGUCGCUACAUCUCUCCACAAUGGAUUAUUACAAUCCUCCUCAGAUAAACUUGUCAACAACCGACACAACUUGUUACAUCAUAAGAAACCCAUGCAUUCCCAGGCGGCAGGAGGGCAUGGGGUGAUAGGAAACACGGUAAUAGCUACCAGCACCGGCCCUCAGGUCAGCCAAAUCUAUGCCACGCACCUCCUCAAACCCGGCAAUCUCCUCAUCGGCAAACCCUCCAACAAGUUUGCUGUUCCUACCGGGUCACUAACCCUGAACGUGGCCAGCCUGGGAAUGUCCGGUGUGGGUCAGCAGCCUACGUUAUACAUAGCCAGCAACGAUGAAAUGUCUCAGCAACAACAUGUGGUCAGUUCUCCCAGUCACAUGACGUAGCAGCAGUUCAUGAAACCAUGAACUAUAUAUCUACCAGGUGAAACCUACAGCCACAGACAGUAGUGUCAGAAUCUGUCAAUCACUCCUGUGUGUCAUCAGGAAGCUAUUUUUAGGAAGUGAAGAAAAUGAGUGUUCUAUCAAUCAUCUGCAAGUACCAUACAUUUCAUGACUACCAAAAAAAUUUACUGAAAUUUUAGAAUUUGUGUAUAAAUCCAUGAAAAAUGUGAAAAAAUUUAACACCAGACCAUUUUUAAAGUCUUUUUAAAGGUUCUAUGCACUUAAGUACUCAUAAGAAUGUUUGUCCCGGUCUCUUAAUUUUCUGCACUUCAUUUUUGCUUUUCCUUUAUACUUCUCUGAAGGCCACAUAAAUUUAUUGUUAGUUUCUCAUCAAAAUUUGCAAAAAAUAUGGAAUGGGUUCAUGGAUAUUGAAAGGAUGAGUAAUACACAAACAUUGAAACCAUACAAACAUUUAUUUUGAAAAUGAACUCUUUUAUAGAUUUUUAUUUAGAUAUGGGUACCCAUGCCUGUUUUUCAAUGAAAACAGACUUACAAAAUAAGGUAAUGAUGUACAAAAAAAUGAUACAGAUUCAAACUCACACUUGAAAGGCCUUAAUAAUAAGUAUUUUUAACAGACUUGGUGUGCAUUGUGUAUGGACAUUUGAAUAUUUAGUAUAUAUGAUUAUUAAGUUAGGAGUUUUUCAGUGUAUAAAUCGUCGUUUAAUAAUUUCACAUCAGUUUAGGAGGUUAUAUCAGUUUCUAAAUUUUCAUUGAGAAGCAAGCCACAAAUUGUUUCUUAAUUAUUUUUUUUUCAACAGCAAAAAAUCUUCAAAUGGGAUCUUUUCCUUGGGUGUGGCCAUUUUUCCAUCAUGAUACAUUAGUUCAGUCACUGGAGACUGUGAACUAUACAAAAUAUCAAUCUUGUUAUCCUCGGUUUAAAGGUUGUCAAUUUGAAAUCAUUGAAAAUAAAAUAAGAUUUUAUUACAUUGCUGUGAAAGAAGCAUAUAGAUCGCUAUGUAUAUUUAUGGUGCCUGCACCAGGAUUUUUAACAGAAAGUGUGGGACUGUGGCUAUAGAUCAGGUUACCAGUACAACACAAACACAUGAAAGUGCUCUGCUACAUUGUGAAACAUUUUGAUGUUCACCAUUGUGCUAUUGAAUCAUUUAUUGGUUAGUACACACAUCUCUUUGAUGUGAAUGAGUUACUCUACUCAUGAACAUGACAAUACAUUGCAUCAUUAUCCAUGUGUAAAUCAACAACAGGGGAAUGAUGGUGAUUUCCAUGUUAUCAUCCAAGAUGAUUUCUUCUCAUUUUAAAGUGGUGAUUUUCAUUAACACCAAAUCAUGAAUUUUUGAUAGUCAUGUAUUGAUUUUGCAAUGCUUGAAAAAUCUUGACAUUUUCUUUACAGAAAAAUGUUUGAAAUAUUGUCAAUUACAAUUUAGAUGCCAUGUUAAUUGCCACUCAACAUCCUUUACAUUGUUCAAACAGCAUUUACUUAAUUAACUACAUUAACAAUUAAUAGAAAUUAUCCCAUCACACUGACACUGUGUUAUUUCAAAGCAUUUAAUGGAUUAAAUGUGAUUAAUGAAGGACCACUCAGUAGUGUCACCAGUGAUUUCAUUCAUCAUGCCCCCCCCCCCCCCCCUAUUUUUUUGACAGUGCUAUCAAUAGAAGUGUUUGAUUUAGGAAGGAUGUGAAGUACUCAGUUCCUCCCUUUAAAUAUAGUGUCUGUGAUAUGUGUGUGUAUUCCAUGUACAAGCUGAUGUUGGUGUCAGUAACAAACAUGUACAGUUUAUUGAACAAGAGACGAGAUGUCUGAUGUAAAUAUGUACAUUAAACAAGUUAUUUAUGAAAUGCAAACAAUAUUAUAAAACUGUCAGACUCUAUAGUAAUAUAUUACUUUUUAUGGGGUUAUAUUAUUAUUUUCUGUGACGUACGUGUAAUUCUGUUUAUACGAAGAUCUCUGUUGGAAGAACAUGUGUAAGUUUUUUACAACGAGCUGUUCUAUUGUGAUACCUUGAGCUGAGAAAACUGUCUGUCUGUGCCUCCAAACAUCUACAUAAAGUCAUUGUGCCAAAACACUAUAUCUAAAAUGUACAGGUAUUAAAAUAUGCUGGAUUCAAUGAAAUUACUGUACAAAAAAAACUUCAGUCUCAAGGAAAGUAUCUAAAUUGUAUGUGGUUAAAUUUAUUACAUUGUAAUGAAAUCUUCUCACUGCUAUUAAAAAUUCCGAUUUUUGAUUGUCAUAAUCUGUGAAUAUUUUGAGAAAAGUUUUUUUUUUUCUUUUUUGUAAUUUUAGUAUGUACAAUAUGUAAGAUUGAAGUAAGGAGUAAAAAUUCACUCAUGUUAAGAAGAUGUAGGACAAAUUGUCAAAAGCUAAUCCAUGCAAGUUUUAACUGCAAUAGGGCAUAUAAAAUUUGGCAGGAACCAAAAGUGGAAAAAAAAUAUGCAAUAUGUGUACAGGUUCAUUUACGUUUUGAUGGUUGAGUACAUUACAAACUGAUAGUCUGGGAAACACUAGUAUAUAUGUUGCUUGCACACACUGCUGGUUAUAAAAAAAAAUUUUUCUAUUAACACCAAUGGACUUGAAUCAUUGAUUUCAAAGGUUUUAGUUGAAUACUACAAACUUUACCAGAGAAGAGAACUUGAGAAAAUUCUGAAAGAUAACUUAUAGAGUACUCAAUAAUAAACUUUUAAGGAUCUGGAUUAAAUUUGGGAUUUUUACAGAAAUUCAGACAUUAAAUUUAGAGCUACCUUUGGGGUGUGUGAAAAUACACCUACAUGUAGCAAUCAAGUUACUCGUUAAUUACAAGAAUAAUGUCACUUCCAAUUCUACAUGCACAGUAUCAGUAAUUUUAUGCAUCUGUCUUGGCAUUUCAUACAUGCAACGUUGAUAAUGAGCCAGUUUCCAUUGAAAAUGAUUUUUCUUUAUAUUUUGAUAGCAUUCAUCGUAUUUGGUUAUUUACAAGGAUUCCAAGUCAGGUAUUGCCUAUUCUGUCGUAUUUUUCAUUUCACUGAGACCAGUUGGGUGGACUAUAAAGUGCUAAUAUUUUUUAAUCAGUCAUCAUUUAGUUCAGGACAGUUUUCAUAAAUCUUGAGUAUACAAUGUUAGGUCUAUUCAUCUAAUACAGUGUUUGACUUUUUCUAAGAUAGUUAAAUUUCACAUUAAAAAAUUUAAAAAUUGCAAUGAAAGCUAAUGAAGAAGAUUUUUGUGCUCUUUUCUGUUCACAAACAUAUGAGAUUAUUUUGUGUAAUUAGUAAAUGUUGAAACAUUAUAUAUGGUUUUGUACCAUUGACUUGGAGGUUAUGAAUUGAUCAACAAGAGGCACCUAAAAAAAUCCAUGAGAAAUUAACCCUUUUUCCUGUGUAACUAGAACUGCACAUUCUGAUUGGCUAACGAGCGGAAAUUUCCCAGUCUUUCUCCUAUUUGGGAUGUCAUACUGGCACAUUCCUAAUUUGCAUACUGAUAUGCUUACACUGGAGAUUUGUUUCACAGAUUGAUAACUGGGUUACAUAGAAUAUAGAUAUCUAGGUCUAAUCUGGCACAGGAGAAUUGACCUCAGGUACACGUUAAGUGUAAGGAUGUAUUGAAGUUCAUCCUAGGAGAAAUCCCCAAGCAAACUGACUAGACCUACAGUACUGAUGGUGUGAUAUAUAUAUGUAAUGUUUUAAUAGUAUUUGUGUGAAGCCUAACAUCACGUCGCCUACUACUCACUUUCAUUGUUGUGCAAUUUGUUCAUUUAAAAACAUGAUCUCCAUUUCAAUGACUUUGUAUCCAAAGAGAAUUUGAGAUUACUGCAUUUAUAUAGCCCUUACCCCACGUUUUUAUCUUGAGAAUGAAUUAAAAAUUGCUGAGGAUUUCAUAUUGACCUGUACAAAAUGUCUCAGGUAGAGGACUAGCCAUGUUUUGUGUAAUGUACCUUGACAUUUUCAUAAUUCCAGUUUUGAGCAUCUUUUUUUUUUUACAGUCAGAACUCCUUUUAAAAUUGUGUUCAUGAAUUAAAUGAAGUACGCAAAGAUUUGAUUGUACAUGUAUGACUAUCAUGACAGAUUUCAAAGACACUUGGGAUGGUGACUUUAGUGUUUGUCAUGGUAUUUCGUGGGUCAGCUCACUAGUAUUGUUGAAGUAUUAAGUCACAUAUCUUUUGUUCAAAGCUUUCCAUAAGUCAUCCAUCAAUAGAAAAGUCAUCCAUCAAUAGAAUUAAUAUGUUGAUAUAAACAAUUUUUCUUCACAUUUAUGAAUACCAUUUCUGGAGCAAAGCUCUUGCAUCGGGAGAUAAAAGUUUUAUUUGGCAAUUAUUACGAGUUGUUUCAUUGUUGAUCAUUGUACAAUGUAUUCCAUUUGUUGGAUUUUUGAUAAUAUUUGUUACAUUAUGGAAAUAUGUCAUCUGUAUAUAUAAGUUAUUUUUCAUUUUUGAUAUCUGAAUGUUUCUGUUACGGACUUGUUUUUUUUUUUAAAAUAAAAAAAACAAUAAAUGGAGAGAGGGUCAUGAAAGCUGCCAAACUGUGUGUGAGAGAGAGAGUUAUUAAAUUACUGUUCUGUUCCUUGUACAUGAUGUACAAUUGAUGGAGCAAUAAAAAUGUAUUACCAGUAUAAAA